GCUCCGACUCCCUUGGCACAGCGCCGCAAUGCCGCAUGUCCUUAUGCGGUGCUGAGGAAAAAAAGGUUGUGCGCACACCUAAAGCGAAAAUACUCCAACAGCCACCAUUGGCCCGAAAAAAGUCUGAUUGGCUCGGCCUUGCAUACACGAGCAAAGUAUCGUUUUGCAGGGAAACGCGUCUCAUUUCGUUCCAGGGGGAGUGGGAGUAAUGCGCUGCCUCCUUGCCCUUCGUGGCGCCCUUCUCUUGACUGGCACCCGAUGAAAGCCUGCUGCGUGUUCCCCUCUGGGCCACUGGCACUGACCUUUAGUGGGUGGUGUCGUGUGGUGCGCUGACCCCUGUGGAACCCCACCCCUUCCCCGACCUUCUCAAUGCCACACCCUUUCCGCCCUAGAACCACUCAGCGUGAAGGCUGGGGUUGCAUCGCGAGGCGACUAAGUUUCAUGAGCGUAGCAAAAGAAAUCUGCGCGUGAGAAAAAUAACAAAGAACUUGAACUUGAGAUUAAGAACUUUGGUCCGAGAGCUACGAGAUUAAACGUAGAUUCAAAGUGGAUCGUAUUCGACGGUGAUGUCCUUAUCAUCAGGAAAUCCACGAAUUAACUACUGUACUUUGGGGAAAAUCAUAAGCCUUACCACAAGUGCAGCAAACUCUGAAAGAGAGUGAAAUUCUUGGAAUCGCGGGUAUCCAUCUCCUUACUUUCAAGUGCGGCUAGAUAAGGGUCUUACGCAGGACUUGCGUCCUUGCCGACUUCGCAGAGUCGAUCGAGUGCGUUCGGAAAAGUGGUUGGCGUUGCCGGGCAGAAAGCCACUUAAGCUACACUUCCCACACGCGUGGUCGGCGAGGUGGGGCCCGAAUGGGUCCGACCCGGCGGCCGAGGAGGAGAGGGAGAAGGGUCGCCCACGCGGUGCACCGGAGCGCCGUCUCUCUCGGCGGGAGGCGCGGCCGCGGCACGGAGUGCUCCAGUCAGCAUGCUGGAGCCCGCGCCCUGGCUGGAGCCCUGGCUGGAGCCGGCCUGGGCGCUCGUGUCCUGGGCGUGCUGCGCCGCGGCUCCGGUGCUCGCGCUAGUGCUCGCCGCGCUCGCCCCGCUGGCCUACUGGCAGCACCGCUGGGAGGACCAGGGUCGCGACCAGGAUGUGGCCGUCGAGGAGGACCUGCUGUGGCUCUCGGGCGAGGCCCGCGCCCUGCCCGUGCUCGGGAGCUUUGCGUCGUUCCUGCUGGGCGGGUCCAGCUUCCAGGACGACUUGGGCGCGCUGUACCGGCGGCACAGGGCCGAGGGCGGGGCGCGCGCCGGCGCGGCGGGCCUGUUCGAGUGGCGGGCGCGACCGUGCGUGCUGCUCCUCGACCCCGAGCUCGUGACCCGCGUCCUGGGCGCGGAUGCGGCCUCCUUCGCGGGGACGCUGCCCAAGGGCCUGGGGCCCGGCGUGCCGCCCGCGCUGAGGGAGAGGCUGUCGCCGCUGCUGCGCGCGGGCCGAGUGGGCGCCACGGCCCGCCUCAUGGUGGAGUGCGCCGAGCAGCUGGUGCAGUCCCUGGGAGAGAGCGCGUCAGCGGGGCCCGUGGACGUUGAGGUGCUUGGACCGCUCGACCGCUUCUCCACGGUCGUGGUCGGCGCCUGCGCGUUCGGCGUGGCCGGCAACUGCGUCCAGGACCCCGACUGGGAGCUGCACCGCGUGGCCGGCGCUGCGAGGCGCCCGCCCCGGCUCAGCCUGCUGGCGCUGGCCCUCGUCACCGCGCUGCCCUCGGCGGCCGCCCUCGUGCCGGCACGCGUGCUCUACCCGGCCGCCACCAGCUUCUACGUCGACAUGCUCCGGGAGUCGGCCGCCUUCCGGGCGCGCACGCGGACCAGGCGGACGGACUUUGUCGACCUGAUGCUGUCCGCCGCGGCGCCCAGCCGGGCCCAGCGGGGCCUCUCGGAGCAGCACGACUUCCUGACCGCAAAGGACCGGCGGCGACACUGCGCGCUGGCGUACGACGUGGUGGCGGCUCAGGCCUUCGUGCUGCCCGCGCACGCGCCGCGGGUCGUGGCUCGCUGCCUGCGCGAGCUUGCGGGCCUCCCUGACCUGCAGCAGCGCGUGGCACAGGAGGUGCGGUCUGCGCGCGACCCGGACCAGCCGCUGGGCCUGCAGGUGCUCCGGCGCGCGCCGCUCCUGGAGAAGGUUCUCCUGGAGGCGCUUCGCCUGGAGCCGCCGUGCAGCGCCCUCUCCACGGAGGUGGGCGCCGGCGGCUACGCCCUGCCCGUGGUGGGCCCCCGGCGUGGCCUGCUCCUGGAGCCUGGCACGCACCUAUACGUGGCCGUCGACGCCGUCCACCGGGACGCGGACCUCUACCCCGACCCGCUGCGCUUUGACCCGGAGCGCUUCUCGGCGGCGGCGCGGCGGGCGCGCCCCACAGGGGCCUACCUCCCAUUCGGCGAGCUCCCCGGCCCCGACGGCGUGGCCGAGUGGGCGGCCAGCGGGCUGCCGCCGCCCGCCAGCAGCACCGCGGCGCUGUUCGCCCUGCAGGAGAUGGGCCUGUGCCUCGCGGCGCUGCUGGCUGACCUGGAGUUCGGCGUCAGUGGGGUCGACGCCCGGGGCGACGUGCGGCCCAAGCAGGUGUGGCUGCGGGUCCAGCGGCGCCCGCUAGACAGCACCUCCUAAGGACAACCUGCACGCCACACUAGUCGAUGGAGAUGCUCUUGUGUCAACGUCAACACCCAGCUCCCCGGCUCCCGUCAAACUUCACAAAUGACUGUCGCUGUCACGCCUCGACACGACACACAACAAGUGAGAAGACCUUGACCGCCGUUUGUGAAGGCGUCAGACUGCCGUCGACUCUCUGACGCCCGCCGGACCGGUAUUGGCCGAGGGGCUCGGCAGGGAGGCCCCCUAUCACCCCACCACGUCCAGCAGCAGUAUUGUGCGUGUGCUCUUUGCGGCAGGGUGCGUUUGUUUGCCAGGGGGGGCAGUUUGUCGACGUUACUGUUUUAUGUAGGUCGCUGCAUGGGCAGAGAUAGGAGGUCAUACGGUACUGACCUUGGGUCGAUUGAGACGAAUUCCAUCGCUGGCACACCGAGUAGGGACUAUUUUGGGGCGGGAGUGGCGCUCUGGCGCCGUAGUGGUUCUGCUCUGCGUACAGAACGCGCCGAGGGCGGCCAGCACACCGGCAAAGCAAGUUAUUUCUGUCCUGUUGCUCAUACUGACUGUAGGAAUGAGACAACUCUCGCAAUAUCGUGGUGCAACGAGAUGGCCACCGAUUAAAAGGAUGGGCUAUUGUUAAAGGGAGAGACGUAUCACCGAAUUGGUGGGCGGUCCCCUCGGCCGGCCUAAACCCUGUGUGACCACCCCUGGACGGGCUCGGGGGGAGGGGGUGGGGUCUCCUGCAGCUGUGCCGGCCGGGCGCGGGUUCACUGUACCAAAACUGCACGAGAGCCCGGUGCUGGACGGCGCCGCAGCCAGGCGCGGCGCG